CAGUGCUGUGGGCUCACAUUAUAUCUGCAGUCUGCGCUUUUUCGUUGCUACCCUGAGCAUAGUGACAGGACUGGUUGAGAAGGAUUGUAGUCAGAGCAGGCCUCUCCAAAUAAAGCAAUGGGAGGUUUGGAUACCGACAUCCUCUCCUUCACUAUAAAUACUUUCUCUGCAUAGAGAACAGGCUUUGGAUGCCGGAGCUCUGAACCAGUGACUAUCGAGGCACACAAAGGGGGAAAUUAUUACUCACAAAUUGAUAACCAUGCCGAGAGUGGAUGCAGACCUCAAAUUGGACUUUAAAGAUGUCCUUGUUAGACCUAAAAGAAGCAGUCUUAAAAGCAGAUCUGAGGUGGAUCUGCAGAGGACCUUCACAUUCCGCAACUCCAAGCAGACCUACACUGGAAUCCCUAUCAUUGCAGCAAACAUGGACACGACUGGGACCUUUGAAAUGGCACAGGUUUUAAGUAAAAAUUCACUGUUCAUUGCUAUGCAGAAACACUACUCAGUGGAAGAAUGGAAAAACUUUGCAGUCAGCUUUCCAGAGUGUUUAGAGCACAUGGCUGCAAGCUCAGGCAGUGGGAAGACCGACUUAGAGAAGCUGUGCAGUAUCCUGGAGGCGGUCCCACAAAUAAAGUACAUCUGUCUCGAUGUUGCAAACGGUUACUCCGAGCACUUUGUGGAAUUUGUGAAAACUGUCCGAGGCAAAUUCCCCAAUCACACAAUCAUGGCUGGCAAUGUGGUGACAGGAGAGAUGGUCGAGGAGCUUAUUCUCUCUGGAGCUGACAUUAUUAAAGUGGGCAUUGGACCAGGCUCAGUCUGUACCACUCGCAUAAAGACAGGUGUGGGAUACCCCCAGCUGAGUGCUGUGAUUGAGUGCGCUGACUCUGCACACGGGCUGAAAGGACACAUCAUCUCUGAUGGGGGUUGCAGCUGCCCAGGUGAUGUCGCUAAAGCCUUUGGCGCAGGAGCUGAUUUUGUCAUGUUGGGAGGGAUGUUUGCUGGUCACGAUCAGUGUGCAGGGGAGGUCAUUGAGAAGAAUGGCAAAAAGAUGAAGCUGUUCUAUGGGAUGAGCUCUGAUACCGCCAUGAAAAAAUAUGUGGGAGGUGUCGCUGAAUACAGGGCGUCGGAAGGCCGGACUGUGGAAGUUCCUUACAGGGGCGAUGUGGAGAACACUAUUCGGGACAUCCUCGGGGGACUGCGCUCCACCUGCACCUACGUGGGAGCUGCCAAGCUGAAGGAGCUGAGUCGAAGGACUACCUUCAUCCGGGUCACACAGCAGUCCAGUCACAUGUUUUCCUAACCUGGGCGCCAGACACAGAUUCUUUUUGCUGCGGUUUACCCACCAGAAUUUUCUUUACAGGAGUUCAACUAAGUCACAGACAUUUCUUUUCAGGCUGGUUUAGAAUUUCCAUAAACCUUUUUUUGAUCAGUAGCUGUAGUUAACUGAAAUUCAGUUUUGCAUCCUCAGUUUUUUUAAACUCAUAUGGGUCAUACAUAUAGGUUAAGCCAUGUCUGAGUCAAAUCAAAUCCCGGGCUAAAAGUCAAAGGUCUUGUACAGUAUUCCAUGACGCAUUAUAUCAGUAAGGUUUGUUAAUUUCAAUUUGAAAACCAAAGAAUGCAUGCUUGAAAACCUGAUUAUACCACGUUGUGCUGCUAAAGUUAAAUUUCAGUAACUGAACUGGACCUUUCUGUUUUCCUCCUGAGGUUUUGUUUUAGGUUUGGUAGUAAUUGAGAUAGGAAAUAUACAUUUAAGAGCAGAGGUUUACUUAUUUAUUUAACCAGUGUGUUGACACAGCCCCUGAUGUUUUUAGGUGUGCAGUUUACUUCAGGUUUGUGUUGGGUAUAAACUGUUUUACGAUUCAGAAAACCCUAAAAGCAUUUCUACUUGGGUGUAUGGAUGCUCUCAUUUUCCAUGUCAUUUCCAAAGCUCUGGGAAUGAAGAAGUGAGCCACUGUGGGAAUAGUACAGUAGAAUUGUUGUUCUGUGUUCACUUGCGUUCAGAAAACAGCUGUUGAUUUUAAAAUGUUUAUUCAUAAUAUAUUCAAAUCUACUUCUUCAUUGUGGGACCUUAAUCCUGUUUCACAUUUGGCUCACUGACCAGAAUGAGGAAGCAACAGACUCCAUUUCUUUCUUUCUUUCCUUCUUUCUCUUUUGUACUGUACAUCCGGUCUCGCGGAAAAUAAGAACUAAGGAUUCUUUCAUUUACCUUGGUGUUAGGAUUUACAUGGCAAAUGUAAUGGAAAAUAUGGACUUGCUUGUUUUACACCAUGUUUCAAAGAUAAGAAAAGUGGGGAAUGCUAUUAAAAAAAGUGUCAUGAGAAUGUAAAAUGUGGAUGUUGAAUGCAACUUGAAUGCAAAUACAGGUAUACAUAAAUUUAGAGAAAAUAAAAUAUAUCUACUAACUUACAAA